GAUGAUAUCAUGGCUGUCGUAUGCAGUGGUGUAUGAGUUGCUGCUCUCUCCACUGGCCAAAUACCCUGGCCCCAGACUGUGGGCUUUGUCCUACAUCCCCUCCCAGCUCAGUUUGAUGCGAGGACAUCACCAUUUGAAGAUGCUUGCUCUUCAUGAUCGGUACGGUCCGAUCGUGCGGACUGGUCCCAACGCCCUGUCGUUCAACACUGCGGAAGGGUUCAAGGACAUCUAUGGGUUUCGCCCGGGCGUGCCUCAGUUUCCGAAAGACCCCAAGACCUACGGGUCUUCAUUGAUGCCCACUCGCGACGCCGUUGGGGGGUUUCUGGACAAUGAAUCCCACAGCCGACAGCGACGGCUUCUGGCGCAUGGGUUUUCCGACCGCGCGAUCCGCGAACAGGAGGCAAGGAUUUGCUCGUUCAUUGACCUGUUCAUUUCGCGGCUGCGAGACCUCGCCCACCAGGGCAAGGACAUCGACAUCAAGGCGUGGCUGGAGUUCGCCGCAUUCGACAUCACGGGCGACUUGAUGUUUGCCGAGACGUUUGACUGCCUGCAGGAUAGUCAACUGCAUCCCUGGAUCGAGUUCAUCUUCAACAGUAUCAUGGGCUCGACGAUCCUCAGUUCCAUUCGCCAUUUCCCGGUGCUCGCGAUGCUACAGGAGGCCUGCACUCCGGCGUGGUUCCGCCGGCAGAUCAUGCAGAACUUUGAACUCAGUGCGGAAAAGGCCGAGCGGCGGAUGGCCCUCGGGGCGGACCGAGUGGACUUCAUGUCGGCCAUGAUUAAGAAUGGGCUUGAGGACGAUAGCCCGCACACGCAGGAGGAGAAGAGAGUGAUGCGCAUGUCGCGCCAUGAGGUUCACGCAAACUCUACCUUUAUCAUUCUCGCAGGGAGCGAAACGACCGCCACUGCAAUGUCUGGGUGCAUUUAUUAUCUCUGUACCAACCGGUCCGCACUGGACCGAUUGUGUCAAACAGUGCGCGAGGCGUUCCAGACGGAUGCAGACAUCACCUCUGCCACCUGCGCCAGUCUGCCCUACGUGGAUGCAGUGAUUGAUGAAGGGCUGCGCAUGUACUCGCCCAUGGCGGCCCAUCUCCCUCGCGUGGUGCCUCGAGGCGGUGCGACCGUUGCCGGUCAAUUUCUCCCUGAGAAUACGGACGUUCACGUCCCGCACUACGCCUCCUACAUGAGUGAUGCCAACUUCUUUCGGGCAAAGGAGUUUCUCCCAGAGCGCUGGCUGGGCACUGACCCACAGUUUGAGGGCGAUAGGAGAGAUACGCUGCAGCCGUUUUCCAUGGGAGCCAGAAACUGUCUAGGGAAGAGUUUGGCUUAUCUGGAAAUGCGUCUAACGCUUGCCAAACUGGUGUAUCACUUCGAUAUGGAGCUGUGUCCAGCCUCCGAGCGGUGGAAUGAUCAAAACACGUAUUUCAUCUGGCAUAAGCCGUCGUUGAUGGUGCGGCUGAGGGAUCGGUUGGCUGUUUAGUUUGCUUAGCGCAUGAUCAUAGUACAGGGAUGCCACAAGACAAUCACACUCCCGAUUGAACGAGAAACGCAUAGAAUCAACUCUACCACUAUGACUAUGGC